CUUACUGCUAAAAAUGGCAGAUUGCGAAAAGGAAGAAGCGCAGAAUUUGCAACUGGAGUUCGAAUGGGUUCUCCGAAAAGAAGUACAUGCUGUUGUCAGUCAGCUACAUGCAAUCCUCGUCGAGUGUGGUCGGAGAUUUCCUGCCUGUAGCAAUGAUGCAUCACACAGACAAGAAAAAUUUAUGCUGUCAGCACUGCCGGAGCAGCCAAAAUGCGUCAUCACAUUGGCAGGGGAUAGCAUCACUCAUGCGGAAAUCAAUCUCAGAGUUCAACGACAGCAGGUAGUGACAUACCGGACGACAAUUCAAGCUGAAAGUCCAUGGCGAUUGCAGCAGAUCCAAGAUGCUGGCAACCAUCUGCAGCAGGCCAUAGUUCAUACUGAAGCUAUUGAUAAGGAUUACAUGUUCAAGUCAUCAGAAGAAGUACUUUAUAUAUUGGGCAACAUACUGGGAGCCUUGCAACGUGCCCGUACCAGUCUCAUAGUGCCUCGUAAGAAGACUAUUGAUGACCUCAUGAGAAGCAGGAAUAUGAAAUCUUUGGUGCCCAACCUUCCUGAAGAUCUUGCAAUCAGUUUCUAUGUGCAGAGCCACAAACUGGUGUUUGCUGUAUAUCAGCUGACAAAUGUGCAAGGCACAAUGAAGUUUGACACCCAUCAGGCAGAGUGCUCAAUUCCAUGGCUAAAUGAAGCUCUAGUACUUCUCACCGUGGCACUGCAACUCUGCCAGCAACUCAAGGACAAGAUUGGUGUAUUCUCACAGUAUAAGGACUUCACUGUGGGUAUGAGAGUGGCAUCUCCAGUACCCCAAUAAAGUUCUGCUAUUAGUACUGAAAUUGACCUUCCAGCCAAGUGGUAUUGCUGCUCAGAUGUACCAUCCAAGACACUUGAAGUGUCAGGUUGUUAAUUUUGUAUUGUAUGUGCAUAUAUAUUUACGUGCGGUAUUUAAUGUUACCAUAAGAUUUACAAGAUAAUGUUUCCUCAGUCAUAACAAAAAUGACUGAUAGUGCUCAAAGUUGUUUACUCCCUGGUAGACAUGAUAGUUCAAAAUCCAAAAGAAUAAAAUUUCUACAGUUAUUGUUCCUGUGUGCGCCUUGAGCUAAAAGGGCAUAUUUCCAUGGCUCCAUGUGGAAAUGUGCACAAAUCUGCAUUUUCAACAGAAUGAUCUGCACGCUCAUAAUGUGUGUAUUAUGAAAUCAGACUGGAAAAUUUUAGAAUUUUUAUUUUUGCUUGUUAAUGUAUGCAAGUUUUAUUACUUUUAGAUCUAUAUACUUUUAAGGAAUUUUAUUUGUUUAAGUAACAACUGAGUACCUAUGCGAUGAUUUUGUUUCACACUGGUUUUCUGUACAAGCCUAAAACAGUAACUAAGGCCACUAGUAAUUUCUUGUACAUUAUAUCAGUUUCCUGGCUGCUUUAUCUUAGGUACGGAAAUUCUAUUAAGCUAAGAACACAAAUCUUUUCAUUUGAUUUGUUGCUAAAGUAAAUACUUACUGGAUUCAAAAUUAAUGUACAGAGGACUGUAAUGAUUUGUGUGACUCCAGGUUAGUGGAUUUAAUAACUUUUAUAUCAUCUUCAUGUGCCUCUAUAAUGAAAUGGGAACCAAAUGUUCUCCAAAUUUCGUCGUAUAAGACCUUGUGUGUCACAUGUAGUCAAUUUUUCGUAUCUGGACUCACGGUUUCAUCCUAAGUAGACUUUUACAGUGAAUCCGGGAAAUAAAAAAAGGUGAUGGAAUAUCCCUUGUCUAGUAGCUGUUAUGUUUGUGGUGUAUUAUACCAAUUAUAUUUGUCUGAUAUACUAGUGGUAAAUUUCUAAGGUUCAUUUUAAUCCCAUUAUUGAAGCUGGUUUUGUGCUUAGUGUAGCCAAGUUGCGGAGAUUGUUUGUGUGUGUUUGUGUUUGUGUUGAAAAUCGAGAAUGAGAUUUUCACUCUGCAGCGGAGUGUGCGCUGUUAUGAGACGAGGUACUGGCAGAAGUAAAGCUGUGAGGACGGGGCGUGAGUCGUGCUUGGGUAGCUCAGUCGGUAGAGCACUUGCCUCCGAAAGGCAAAGGUCCCGAGUUCGAGUCUCGGUCCGGCACACAGUUUUAAUCUGCCAGGAAGUUUCGAAGUUGAAAAUAUUAGCAUUCCAUGCAUAAUAUGUGCAGUGUAGAUGCUUUUGGUUUUUGUGCAUUAUUUAUUGAGAAAACAACAAUAAAGGGCAUGUUGUUAUUGUUCACUUUCCCAAAGAUUGGAAAAUACAUUUUCUAUUUGAGUUCAGUGAUGUAUGACUGUCUAAAGAUUGACUGAAGUUCUCGACAGUAAAGAUGAUGAAAAAUGUAAUUUUUUCCAACUUGUACCUUUUUAAAUGCAUCACUUGCGUUAUGGUUAUUUUCUGUAACUACAAUAAUACACAACUCAAUAUAACUAUUCUACAGCCCUGGCACUGAUACUACAGAGCUGAAAUAUUUUCUCUAUGCUAUCUCUUGCAAUAGACAUGCAGGAAUUGAUCUAACAUGAACUGUUACUCUAUCAGCAUGACAUUUGGGAGUGUAUUGUUGUGCCUUCACCUUCUGACCAUGUGGCUGUACAGUACGAUCAAGUGUGUCAUAUUGUUAUGCAACAAGAUACUUAAUAAUUUUACUGUUUGGAAUUAUAUUUGAGUUUUGAUGUUGUACUGUAUUAAGACACGCAAUUCUGUAAUGCAUUAUUGUUUAUGACAUGUAUGUUGUUCUCAAAA